UUGAAGGAAGAAAAAAGAUUCACAGACAAGGAGGAAUUACUUUAUGCAAAAUUUUCUGUGCAUCCCAAGGCCCGGUGUAUAUUAUCUGUUGGGAAAGCCCGUUUUUUUUCAAACAAUGACAUAUUAAGCUUUUGGGAUGUAGACAAUGAUUUGCACAGAAAGAGAGAUUUGCCAGGAUAUAGUAUAACCGUGACACUCUUCCAUCCUGUUGAGGCACACAUUUUUCUUGCUGGGCACUCAAACGGGACAGUCAGCAUCUGGGAUACCAACACCAUGGCAGUUCUUCAAACAUUCAAGGAGAGUGAAUCUUUUUCCGGAGCGGGAGGAGUUUCUUCUAUGCGAUUCUGCGCGAGACCCGAGAGGUCACUUCUCAUCUCGGGUCAUGCAUAUGGCACACUAAAGGUCUGGGACUACCAGAGGAAAGAAUGUGUGGCCACUCUUGAUGUGCAUGAGCAAGACGUAGUGCAGGCUUUCUUCCAUCCACAGUUGCCGUACAUAUUGAGCGCAUCGGACGAUGGAACAAUCAUGGUAUGGAGUGAUUCAAAUUAUCAGCCACAGUAUACGCUUGCCAGUGGCUUGAAUGGAUUGUCCUGCGGGGUUCUCUGUAGGAAUGACAGUAUGCUUGUGCUUUCCUGUAAGGAAGCAGUGCGUUUCAUUACCAUAGAACAUGACGAUCCCAAAUCCGACUUUGAGAAGAGAGAAAGAAUGGAAGAGGGAGAUGCGAGGGAGGAAUCGGACAAAAGACUCUGGUUUGAGAAAACGGAUGCAUGCAACAUGAAGAGCCUCAUAUCAGAGCUGAUUUCCGUGAGGGCAAAGAGAGGGGCACUGGAGGAGGGACUUGAGAAAUGGAGGGAAACACAUGCACAAAGUAUAAACGAGCUUGAGACUGAGUUAACCAAUGUAAGGAUGGAGAGGCCGGCAUUGGGAGAGAGAUUGCAAUAUGAGAGUGAGGUGGAAAAAGGAGAAUACUCACAGAGGGUGAAACAACUGGAAGGUGGAAUAGGCAAUCUGUUAGUGGACAGGGAGGCACUCAAAGAGAGAUUUAAGGAAUCCAAGGCAAGGGUUCCCGAUUUGGAAUCGCGGCUGGAGAUGGAAGGCGGCGUAGGAGAGGGAUCGGAAAGGUUUGAUGGAGUGCCCAGCGUGGUUCCAAAAGUGGACUCACAUCCAUUCAGAGAGUUUUCGCUGGAUGAAUUGAAUACCACCACAAAUGACUUUCAUGAUGACUGCAAAGUCGAACAUCGACAUUACGGAUGUGUUUACGCGGGAAAGAUCACACCCGUCGUGGUAAAGAGAUUCGAGGGCGGAAACAACAUGACGCGGGACAAGCAUGUUCAAUUGACAAGGGAUUUUGUCGACCUGUUGAAGUCUCUUGAACAUCCACACGUGCAGAAGAUGCUAGGAGUGUGCUAUAGAGGAAAUUGUCUCGUCUAUGAGCACAUGGCCAAUGGAAAUGUGAAAGAGUGGAUUUCCUCCACUCACGGGUCACGAAGGGGCUUCUUGCCGUGGUACAUCCGCCUGCAGAUUAUGGCCCAGGUUGCCCAAGCCUUGGCCUUCCUUCACUCCAGCAAGUCACUAGGAGGUGGUCCUAUCAUCCAUCGUGCCAUCAAGCCUGAAAACGUCCUUUUGGGCACUAGCAACUUUGUGGCAAAACUCGCAGAGGUUGAUGCGGUGUUGAUUGCCGCAGAGGUAAAGGAUGAUGACGAUGUGGAACCUGGAAUGCAAAUGCCUCGUCGAGUUGAAUCAGUUGACGCUCAGUACGUGGCUCAAGAAUUCUUGCGCACUGGAGUCUUCACUCAGCAAACUGAUAUUUACGCCUUUGGCAUCACCAUCCUUGAGAUCCUCUCCGGAAAGUUUGCGGAUGCAUUUGGAAUUAUGGAAGAUGCAGUGGAAGAUCCGGCCAUCUUUACAAAUGCCCUGGACCCAAAUGCAGGAAGUUGGGACGUGGAUCUGGCCAUGGAAGCAGCGCAAGUGGGUCUGAGAUGUGCAAAUCCAAACAGACGCCUUCGGCCGAGCAUGCUGACAGGUGAAGGUGCCAUUCUGCCUGCGCUGGAGAGUAUUGCUCAGAAAGUGCAACUUGCUGACUCAAUAGAGGAUGUGGAAAGGAGGAGGGGAUAAUAGGUAGAAAGAGCCCACGCCAAAACCUUUCCGGUUUUGAGCGCCCGAAACUC